AUGGCGCAGCACGGCGAUGUGCGCCUCUUGACAGACCUGCUCACGGGCAGCCCAUCAACGCUAUCAGCGGCCGUCACGGCACCGCCCGAUGGCGAUCCCAUGACUAGCGUGGGCGCUCAUAUCGGCGUCGGUGGUGGUGGCGGCGGUGGUGGCGGCGAUGAUGUGAUGAAGCCGAAGCCCAUAUGGCCGACUGCAAAGAGGGAAGACAGCACGCAGCAGCACGUGAAGGGUAUCAAUGGAGGGGGAAGUGGCGAGGCGUCAACGGGAUUCUUGCGUGAUAACGCCGCCAGAAACAGCAACGCAGGCACCAGAGGGACAAUAUGGAGCAGCCUUGGCCAUGGUGGCGUCGCCCGCGCUGUCACAGCAUAUCCACCGCUACAGAAGCGGGGAUCUGCCCCGUCUUCUCUCUCGUCCACAGAAACAGCGACAGCGACAGCGGUCAUGGUCGACGGGGGUGGUGCAGCAGACAAGGAGGAUGCACAUCGCAUCACACAGAAUGUUGAUGAUGGCGGUGAUGAUGGUGAUGGUGGUUGUGGUACUGAGCGGUACGGUGCGCACCACGGCUUCGACGGCUGCUCUCUCGUGGAUGCUUUGGACCCAAUUGCCACACGCGCCUUUCCCAUUGUCGACAACACGUCGACCACCGCCAACAGCGCGAGGAGUGCAGCGCUGCCAACACAACAAUUGUCUUCGCCACGUGCGUCUCCUCCAUUCCUGCGCCUGCGCAUGACGCAAUGCCGCCCUUUUGCUGCCGUGGACGGGCCAACGCCCCCUGUGCGCUACGCAGCGGCAACAGCAGUGGUGGUCGCAGAUGGGAGAACGACAGACUGUGAUGCACCCACACAACGACACAACGAUGACGGUUGCGGUGGUGGUGAUGGUGGUGAUGGUGGUGGUGAUGGCGGUGAAGGUGGUGAUGGCUGUCAUUCGCAGCACCAGCACCAGCAAGAAGGAGCGCGCAGUCGCCAACACCGAGCCAAUCCCACCACACCAGUCAUGGUUGUGUUUGGUGGCUGCGCACGGAACCACGGUGGCAUCGACAACACCAACAGCACUGGCGAUGGCUAUGAUGAUGUGGACGCGGAUGCUUGGACUGGUGGUCCGUUGCUGAACGACACGUGGGUCCUGUGCAACACACCAGCAGCGCCGGCACAGUCGUCGUCGGCCCUGAGGUGGUACCAUGUGCCCGUUGCGACGACAGCUGACACCGAUCAUGCCACUGAUGCUGGCAGUGACGAUGAUUGCGAUGAUGAUGAUGGUGAUGACAAUGGUGGUGGUGACGAUGAGCAUGGUGCAUGUCAUGUGAGAGGCGACAACAAUACGAGCACGGGUAAUGGCGAGAACGCGACGUGUGAUGAUGAUGACAGCGACACCACCAAUGCUGCUUCCACCCGCCAGACUUCUUCUGCAGACGCCAUUCUUGCGGAGCUGGAUCCGUUUUCCAGCAAUUCGGUGGCGGCGUCACCACGAUCGGCAUCACUGUCAUCGUCCCACACGGGACCGCCCCCCUCCUCGUCACAGCCGCUGUCAACGUCGUCCACAUCGAGGGGCAGAGCAGCAUCAAUGCCCAUCGCGUACUCUGCGAACGCGACAGAUCGCACACGCAACCACCAGCUGCCAACGACAACGACGACGACAGCAACGACAACAACACCAAUACCACCAACGACGACAACAGCCACAACAACAGCCACAUCCACACCACCGCCAGCAGCAGCAGCGGCAGCAACAGCAACAACAGCUGCAGCUACGACGGAUCAAGUCAGUCAUCGUCACCGCCAUCUUGCGCCGUCGCCGCGACUGGGAGCCGCGUGCAUAUUCAAGCGCACACACGACAAUGAUGAUGCUGGUGGUGGUGGUGGUGGUGGUGGUGACGGUGUGUUGAUUGUGUUUGGUGGUCGCAGUGGCGCGCGUUUGAAGAACGAUGUGUGGAUUCUGAAGAUGAGAUCAACAGCAGCGGAGCCGGCGACGUGGCAGCGAUGCACUCAAGUGGGGACAACGGCGCCGCCUGCGCGGUAUCUCCACACGAUGGCGGCGGUGAGCAGCGGUUUCGUCGUCUUUGGCGGUCGCGAUCGCCACGCGUCCCUCGGCGACGCAUGGAUGGCCCACGUGGACGUGCGUUCCAUGACGGUCGAGUGGCGACUGCUGUGCACGGACGGCCCUGCGCUGCAUUUCUGGUACAAGAGGAUGUCAUGA